GCGACGCCCACUCAGAGGGCGAAUGAGAGGCGCGGAAAUGCGUCCUUCCUUCAGCCCCAGCCGUUGUUUUCUAACUUCCGCAAAACAAGGACGCUCCUCAGCUUCUCUGUAGACGCGGCGGCGGUCGCGCUCAUGUGCCGGCCGGGCGGUCGACCUGUCUUCGUUUAAUCGCCGCGUCUCUUUUCUUCCGGGGGUUUCGUGGUGCGGCUCCGGCGCCAGCUCCUCCCCGCGGCCUUACGAAGCGAAGGCGAAGUCCUCCGCCUGGCGGGUUCCGUUCUUUAGGCGGAAGGUUCCCUCCUACCAGCUGGUCCUCGGUCUUUGGCUGAUGGAAGAACCAUUUGAAAUACAGUGUACAUUUGGUUUAGGGCAUGAAAACAGAGACAUUGCUGAUAUUUUUGCUGAGAAAGUGCUGCAGUAAGCUGAGAUGGCAAUGCUAGGCUUAAGCUCUAUGAACUAUUACUCACUGAGGAAAAGAGGCACUUUUAUGCUGAGACUUGUAUGUUUUACUCUGACAGUAUUCAUUUUCUGUGAAUUUUUAAUUUAUUAUAUAGUUAUAAUUCAGUGUCAUUGGCCAGAAUUGAAAAAUCAGAUGCCAGGGACUAACGAACAGAAUUCAAAUUCUGUCUUGAAAACCAUAUUUUUAUCAGAUCCUCAUUUGCUUGGUAAAAUCAAUGGACAUUGGUUGGACAAGCUAAGGAGGGAAUGGCAAAUGGAGAGAGCCUUCCAAACUGCCCUCUGGCUUUUGCAGCCAGAAAUAGUCUUUAUCCUUGGUGAUAUCUUUGAUGAAGGAAAGUGGAGCUCUUCCCAGGCUUGGUCAGAUGAUGUAAGACGCUAUCGGAAAAUAUUUUGGCAUCCAGACCAGGUAGAAGUAAUUGGUAUUGUUGGCAAUCAUGACAUUGGCUUUCAUUAUGAGAUGACAUCAUUGAAGUUGGAACGUUUCUCUAAAGUUUUCAACUUUUCUUCUGAAAAACUGAUAACUCGGAAAGGGAUAAACUUUCUUAUAGUGAACAGUGUUGCUCUUGAAGGUGACGGCUGUAUAAUUUGCAGAACAGCAGAAGCAAAACUCAUUGAACUUUCCCACCAGCUGAACUGUUCAUUGCAGGAACAAAAUCAGUAUAAAAAAAGCUGUAGUAAUGUGGAUAAGCUCCCAGCUUCGGCUCCAAUUCUAUUGCAGCAUUAUCCUCUUUAUAGAAGAAGUGACUCAGAAUGUACAGGAGAAGAUUCUGCUCCCUUGGAGAAAAAGAAUGACCUCUUUAGAGAGACGUAUGAUGUGCUUUCUCAGGAAGCUUCCCAGAAGCUGUUAUGGUGGUUUCAUCCUCGAUUGAUUCUGAGUGGUCAUACCCAUAGUGCCUGUGAAGUGCUGCAUGAUGAUAACAUUCCUGAAAUCAGUGUUCCAUCAUUCAGCUGGAGGAACAGAAACAAUCCUAGUUUCAUAAUGGGCAGCAUAACAUCAACAGAUGUCUCUCUCUACAAGUGCUUUCUUCCGUAUGAGAACACAGUAAUAACUAUCUACUGUACAGCAGGAUCUGUGCUGGUGGUCCUCAUUCUGGCUCACUUUCAGCCCCUCCUUUCCCCUUACCAUUUUGUUCAGCGUUUAAUCACUAAGUAUAAAGCACUAUGAAAAGUCAGACACUUGGAAUCAGUCACUGAUACACCAAAGCUAAAGAAGAGUCCAUCAGACUACAUUCAUGCCAGCAAAUGCGUACUUGAAUUGCUAGCCCAAAGGCAAAUUGCCCUUACAGACAGAAAGCUCUAGACAGUUGAUAGGACUUUUUUUACUACAGGAUAAAGUAACUGCUUCAUGCUGUACAAAAAUAUUGUAUUCUACAAUCAAAUGAAUGAUUUUCUUGCUAAAGUUUUUUUGUAUCAAAUAUGUAUAUUAAAAGUUUGUAACUGUACACUAAGUUCUAUAAGCCUCCUUUUGUGUCUGCACUAGUGCCCUAUGCUGUUAGAGGCUCAGUCUUUAUAAUAGAAAAGAAUUUUAAAGUGUUAUUGCUGCGUGACCAUCUGAAGUGGUACUUCUUUUCCUUGAUGUCAGCAAUACAAGAUGUAGUUAUUUUACAGCAAGGUAUUACCAAAACAGAAGCAAAACAUAAUAACAGGUGACAUAACUUUCUACCCUUGUGAGUCACUUUUAAAUUAGAUGUAAAUAGUUUUAGAUGGCAGUCAUGUGACAGAAUCAACAAAAACCUUCGCUAAUAGGUUUGCAGAGUAUUGGCAAACCGGGUAAAAAACUGAGAAGCCUCUUGCACAUCUGGAAUAAGGGUGUGCACUCUGUAUCCAUGAGCACAUGGAAUGAAGCUUGGCUGAACAUUUUCCCUGGAAUAAGAUGUAAGCAACUACUAUUAAGAUUCAUACAGAGUUUUUAUGGUAUGACUCAAUUUGUGUGACUGACUUUUCUCCCCCAAGAGAAAUAAACCUUACUAGAAAACUUUGCAUUCCAUUCCUAAAUGUUUAAGUCCUAUCUGAUUAAUAGCAUUUUUUUUAAAAAAAGUGCUUAAGUAUGCAACUUAAAAAGGCAUUAUAAAUUAAGCUGCAGGAAUUUCUAAACUUGGUUUUCUUCAUCUACUUAUAUAAAUUUUAAAGUGAAUUUUGUUUAGUAAAGAAGAGUUUAGGUUAGCCUUCCUCAGCAUGGUGCCCACCUAAGUAUUGAGACAACAGCUCCCAAAAUUUCCAGGCAUGCUGGAAAGAGUUCUGGAAGCUGUAAACAAAAUUCAUGUGGAGGGCAUUAGAUGGGUACACAUUAAAAUUGUAGGUGAAACCUUGUCUGAAUUAUAGGAUAUAAUCAUGUGACAUUUUUAGCAAAGGGAGAAGAUGGGAUAGAAUUAGUGACUCCACCCCAUUCCCUUCAAUAACAGAACCACCCCCUUGCUAUAUUCUCCCAUUUUAAUAAGCAAUAGUUUCCAUUUUCACUGCUUUGUCUUUAGAGGAAAUAUGAAUCUUUAGAUUGGUAUGUCUUCAUCGUAUCAAAGUAAGUGUCUCUCCAUCAUUUUGGAAACAUAAGGUUAUGACUGAAUACAGUAUGUCAACGUAGCAGUUUCAGAGUGGAUCUAAAAUGCUGAAGAGCUCUUCAGAACUAGAGUAUCUUGAUAGAUUGCUAGCCCAAUUCUUUUGCAGAGAUACAAUUUUUCUCAGUUACCUAGAAAAGUGAUCUGGGGUUAUAUAUGCAAUAAACAUGCCUUCCUAAUUUAAAAAUAGUUUCACAUUAUGCCAUCAAAAUAUUUAAGAGUAAUUUGUCUUUAUAUUUAUAGCAAAAGGCAAAGAUAAUCCAAGUGUUAUAAUCUAUGAAGUUCUGAAUUUGUUAUUGCAACUACAAAUUUUAAAUAUUUGUACAGAUUAUCUCAGGCACAGGAAACUGUACUCUGACAUAAUGCCUAUGUAUAAAAUAUAAAAUAAUCUCAUAGUUACGGAGAAAGGCAUGCCUUAUUGCUACACCAAUUCUUUUAUGCUGAACUGUACCACAACUUAUUUUGUGAAUGUCAUUUGCAUAAAUUAUUCAAGUUUGAAAAACAUUAUGAUUCUACAAUAUUUAAAAUAAAACCAUUUUCUAAGGUCUGUUUAUUAAGAGAAAUAAAUAUGUCAUUUUGUAAUUCUCUUAGGCCAAACACAAGGAUUACACCUUUUUUCUUUCUUGCAAUUUGCACAAUAAAAGCAGCUGUUGCAACAAAGAUUGAAAAGAAAAACUUAUCUAAUGGUGCCUUUACACAUUCACAAUCUGCAAUUGUGAAAGGUUUAUGAAUGACCAAAGAAUUACUGAACAUAGUUUUUAAAAGUAAAACAAGAUAUUCCCAUGAAACUAACACCAGGUUGCAAUUUGGACACUUAAAUCAAUUUCAGUGUUUUAAAGCUGAGUCUGAAAGGCUAUUGCUGCCACAGUAGCAGCAAUUACUCACUUGGAAAGUUAAUAUGACUAAAAUUUGCAUAAUUUAUAAUUUUUAUACUAAAGAACAUUUUUUAUAUAAAUCAGAAAAAAACCCUAAACUCUACAGAGUUUUUUUUUAAACCUCCAGUCACUGCUGUAGGUAGAGUUGACAUCAAGCUGUACAGCGCAAUCAAAAACAUACUUACAUCUUAGCUCAUUUUACAGGUACAGCCAUAAUCAAGGCACAAAGAUCUUCUACAAGUAUUUUCUUCAAUAAAAUUGUACAAAAUAAUAUUACACUUUACAGUCUGUACAAUA